CCUUUCCUCGGUUUCUUUACUACGUGAGUCCGACUUGGAGGAAAGUGAGCGCCGCCCAGAAAGGAACAAAUAGGAGAAGGGAGCAGAAACAACAACUACCCCCCAAAAGCUGCCUCAGGAGCAGUGAAGUGUCUUCAUGGCAGUUCGUCGAGGACACAUUAAGUACUUGAAAGCCGACCUACAGGAGGUGUACGACAUGUCAAACGGUUAUGAAGACCACAUGGGAGGGGACGAGGGCAAGGACUCCAAGACCAACCUGAUAGUGAACUACCUGCCUCAGAGCAUGACGCAGGACGAGCUGCGGAGCCUCUUCAGCAGCAUCGGAGAGGUGGAGUCCGCCAAGCUGAUUCGAGACAAAGUCGCAGGCCACAGUUUAGGGUACGGAUUUGUUAACUAUCUUAACCCUAGUGAUGCAGACAGAGCUAUCAGUACACUGAAUGGACUAAGGCUACAGUCCAAAACUAUCAAGGUUUCAUACGCACGGCCCAGCUCUGAUACCAUAAAGGAUGCCAACCUGUAUAUCAGCGGCCUGCCAAAGUCUAUGACCCAGAAGGAUGUGGAGGACAUGUUCUCAGGUUUCGGACACAUCAUUAAUUCCCGUGUACUUGUUGACCAGGCCACAGGUACUACAGGCUCGUCCCGCGGGGUGGCUUUUAUCAGGUUUGACAAGCGGGCCGAGGCAGAGGACGCCGUCCUAGCCCUGAAUGGCCAAAUACCACCCGGAGCCUCUGAGCCAAUCACAGUGAAAUUUGCUGCCAACCCGAACCAGGGGAAGAACACACAGAUCAUCUCCCAGCUCUACCACAACCACUCCAGACGCUUCGGAGGGCCCGUACACCACCAGGCACAGCGCUUCAGGUUCUCCCCCAUGGGUGUUGAUCACAUGGGUGGUGUGGGAAGUGUCAGCGUUCCUGGGAGCUCCGCCGGCUGGUGUCUCUUCGUCUACAACCUGGGCCAGGACGCCGACGAGAGCAUCCUUUGGCAGAUGUUCGGCCCCUUUGGCGCCGUCACCAACGUCAAGGUGAUCCGCGACUUCAACACCAACAAGUGCAAGGGCUUCGGCUUCGUUACCAUGACGAAUUACGAGGAGGCUGCCAUGGCCAUCGCCAGCCUGAACGGCUACCGGCUCGGAGACAAGAUGCUGCAAGUGUCCUUCAAGACCAGCAAGGGCCACAAGUAGAGAGAGCCGGACAAUCGGGUGUAGAGGAGAGAUGGAAAUGACCUGCGCCAGGCUUUUAUAGCAGAGAGCAGAAGUAUGAGUUUUUAUAAUCUAGCACAUCUGUUUGGGUUGUAGUGUGUUCAGAGUUAAACGACAUGUUCACUCUUCUGCACCUUUGUACUUGUCUAAAAGAGCGUUUAGGCUGAACUUUUUUUUUUUCUUGUUGUUUUUUCUUCAUCUUUAUACUCAUGCUUGGAGCUUGAGGACACUCAGUAGUUUUAAUUUUUAGUGAGGGGAUGGAGAGGGUUAAAAUCCUAUGAUACCCCCAAGAUAACUUUUGUGAAAAUUAUCUAAAAAGCUAAAAUACUGUCUGUAUGUGUUGCAUGUAUAACAGAGGGGACUCGAUAAAGGUGGUAGAAAAUGGUUCUAGGCAGAGCACUGAAAAAAUAUGGUGCAUAGGAAAGACCACGCAGAUUGUUCUCCAACUGUUGACAUUUUUGCGGAUGAUUUGGUUUAAAGAAGGUGAGGAAAAAUAUUUUGGUUGCUUCGUUUUGAAAAAGAAGUGCUCUGCCAUUGAUCAUCAUCAUUAUAAAUAGAAAUAGAUGCAUUAAAUGAUCACCCAGUGGACACACAGACCUACAGUACCGCUCACCGUCUCGAGUCAAUUUAAGAGUAAAGCACUUUUAACCAGUCUGCUUUCGGUUACUUUGAAUAUCAGUCUUUUUGAUGUUAGUCUAUGACUUUUGCUCACGCACCUACCAGGUUAACAAUUUUAAGCAUGACAAGCUUUGGAGGUUUUUGUAUUAUUAUUAUUAUUAUUAUUAUUAUUAUUAUUAUUAUUAUCAUUAUCCCUGUGUAAAGUGUCUUUUAUUAUCAGUUGUAUUUCAGGAGAGUCCUGUUGAAUAUGAACCCCGGUCAAUGAGUAGGGAAUUGAGAUGGACCAAAGGCAGGGAGAGAUUUGAUCCUAUUACCACGGAUGAGUUUUCUGAGCGGAUUCAUGGUAAUUUGAUACCUGUUUUAAGAGGUACUAAGCUUAUAUCUGACACCGACUGAGAGCAACGUCACUUAAGCUCAGUAUGUCUUUCUGUUUUGUUUUUUUCUUUUAUUUUGAGUUAAUUUUUUCCUUUAUGCUUGGAACAUAUUUUCUUUCUGAGGGCAUAGGUUUGUUACAAUCUAGGUUACAAACUUGAGUGCUUAUCUCAAGUUUGGAGACUAAUUAAUGGCCUUUGUUAAUGAUUUCAGUUUUGAUUUGCUUUCUUUUCUUCCUUUCUUUUGUUUUGAUUGUUUCACUUUGAGCAUAAACCAUUAAAUUUUAUUUCUUUUUGCCGAAA